GAUUAUAACUUAUCAGCAGCCUCAUCACAUGGGUCCUUUCUGUACGCAGAACAAAAGCAGCGGUAAUCCCGUUGCACUGUUAAACCUCUGGGUUCAUCAUUUUAGCUCGUCUGAAAAGUGCAGGCUUCCUAAUCUCUCGGGCACGGCUGCAAAUGCCUUUAAUUCCACUUAAUUCUCUGUUGUUAUCACACCGAGUGACUUGUACAAAGCCUUAUCCACGGGUCACAGUUGGAGUGAGCCCCAGGUUGUAUCUGUACACUAAGCUCUGUGUUCCCCUUCAGGUCGACAGCAGUGACAUUGAAGGGGUCAAUAUCAUCGCCUUCAGGCAAAUCAAUCAGUUUGACCUCAGUGGAAACGUCCACACGUCCCCCGAACAUCUCGCAACACUAUCGGUGAAGCUUUACAAAAGUGACAAUAUGGACAACCCAAUCAACAGCGUCUCUCUGGGACAGUCCCUGUUCUUCAACUUCCCUCCUCUGGACAGAGACGGAGAGAGCUAUGUGCUGAUGCUGUACUCCACGCUGUCCCGCUCCCAGUAUGACUUCACUCUGCCUCAGGUCACCUUCACCUCCAAUGGCUACCACAAGCACGUCACGCUCACCUUCAACCCCACUCGUAAAGUGCCUGACCAGGAUAUUGCCCAGGGCUCCUACAUCGCUCUGCCCCUCACUCUGCUGCUGCUGUUAGCAGCGUAUAACCACGAGAAGGUGAUCCCCCUCCUGUUGCAGCUGGUGAACCGUAUCCAGGGAGUGAGGAGCAUGGCCCAGGCCAGCGGGGACAGCGCUGCUCUGGAUGAAGCCAAACGUCAGGCGAAGAGGCCGAAGGCCAGACGUACAUGAGGACACAACCGCUCGGCUAAGAUGUGAUUUGGAGAGCGAAGCCCAACACGAACCACUCGACGCGCAUCACCACCACCACCACCUCAUCAUCAGCCAUUCAGACUCACUGGACUGACUGCUGACAUUUUACAGGUUGUUUUCUCCAGAACUCUUUUGUUUAAGAAAAUUGUUAAUAUUUCUGAUAGAAUAUGAGCCAUUUUUAUACCUUUGUAAUUUAUCUCGGUCAACUCCAAUCUGUUUGCGUUUUUAAAGCACUCGAGUGCUUUUGAUAUCAGUUCUAACACAGAUCAGGACUGUGAGGCACCGUGGAGGACCGUGUGUCUUUUGGGUCGAUUCAGACGAUACACGAAGAGAACUUUCAUCAGAAUUUGUGAAAGAUCUGAUAAUAACUUCCAGUAUUGGAUCGUUAAAAUGUAAAGUUUAAUUAAAUUAACUGUAAAAUCAAAUAACAAUCAAUA